AUGGUGAAACCGGCUGGGAAGAAGGCGACGUCGAAGGGCAAGCAGCGCAUCCAGAUCGAAUACAUCGAGGACAAGGAGAAACGGCAGGUGACCUUCUCGAAGCGCAAGGGCGGGCUGCUGAAGAAGGCGUCGGAGCUGCACCUGCUCUGCGGCGCGCACGUCGCCAUCGUCAUCUUCUCCCAGAAACAGGACGCGAACCCGAACCCUGCUGCUGUCGCCGCCGCGGCGCGUCCGGGCGGCAGAGGCUCCUCCUCCACCAGGCGCAGCGGCGGCAACGUGUUCGCGAUGGGCACCCCCUCCGUGGACCACGUGAUGAGCCGCCUCGCCGCCGGCGACCCCUACCGCCGCGCCGCGCUCGAGGAGGACGCCGUCGCCGGGCGCGAGGGGGCGGAGGCGACCGCGCGGCGGAGGGACGAGACCAAGGAGCUCGUGGACGCGGAGGAAGAGCGGAUGAAGGCCGUCGCGGACAAGGUGCUGCGAGCCACGGCCGUGGGCCGGUUCUGGUGGGAGGCGGACGUGAAGGCGCUCGGCGAGGCGGAGCUGCCCGAGUUCGGCGGCGCCCUGAAGCGGCUCAGGGACAACGUGCUGCGACGCCACGCCGACAAAUUGGUGCCUCAGUAG